AUCACUCUCCAUUAGUCGGAUUUAUUAUACAAGCAGCCAUGGCCACUCCAUUCACCGUCAACGCUAGAACUGCGGUGGCUGCUACAGCCACAUCCGCCUCUACGUCCCAUAUAUAUUUCCAAGAUACGCAGAAUGGCAUCCGUGAAGCCAUUUUUGCCAAUGGAAAUUGGUCCAUUUCCAGCGAUGCGCUAUUCACUGCCAAGCGCUCAACUCCGCUUGCCGUUGUCAGCUGGGACGAGGGAAAACAAGUUCGGAUCUACUGUGUCUCUUCGGAGGGACUACUUCAAGAAUGGUGCGGCAUCAAUGGGAACUGGAGCCCAGGUUACCUUACAAAUUUAGAGGUUGUCGUUGCACCAAACUCUUCUAUUGCCGCUACGAACUGGAAUGGAUCAGCUAUUCGAGUCUAUUGCCAAGAGAAAAAUUGCAAAACCAUCCAGGAAUACUGCGUCGGUAACCCUUGGAAGAGAGGCGCUACCCUCCCAAUCGCUGACUCAGGAUCCAACCUUGCGGCCUUGUCAUUUGAAGACGGUGGCAAAAUCCACUUGAGAGUUUACUAUCAAGCUCCGGAUCUCAGUCUGAAGGAGCACUGUUAUGACGGUGGCUGGUCUGAAGGUGGCUUUAAUCCCGGUGUUGCGCUCAAGAAUUCUGCUAUCACUGCCACCUCGUGGGUUAAAUCUGGAGCUGGAGUGCAGCUCCGUCUAUACUGGCAAGACAGCUAUGGGUUGUUGAGAGGUUACAAGUGGUCCAGCGGUUGGGAGUCUACAGGUUCUUUAAAUCCUGUGCCCGUUGGCACACACAUUUCGGCGACCAAUUGGGGUUCUGGUAAUAGUAUCACGGUGUACUACCAGGCGGAUGAUGGCAAUAUCUUGGAGGAGACAACUAAUAGCUUGAUAACCACGAUACUAUAGGCCCACAUAGAAAUUGAGUUUGUUGUGGAUUUCUGAAAAACGGCUUAGAGCUUGUGCAAAAUAAAAACUCUCAAAACCGC